AUGCAUAUCCUGGUAGUCAACGACGAUGGCCCACCAAGCAGACGCCUAUCGCCUUACAUCCGCCCACUAGUCGACGAACUGCAAGCGAAUGGCCACACAGUCUCAGUAGCCAUCCCAGCAGCCUCGCGCUCCUGGAUUGGCAAGGCCCAUCUCAUCGAAGCGAAGCUUACUGCCAGCUACGUGCACAAGGAUUCCUUCCGCGAGGACGGGACCUGGGAUGAGGAGUACCAGCCGGAGCCGCAGACAAAUGGCCUCACAGACAGCACAUCCACAUCCCCAUCUCCAUCCACAUCCUCAUCUUCAUCCACAGACAACGAUAACGAUGACGAAGGCCCCACCCCGGACGAAUGGGUCAUAAUCACAAACGGCACCCCAGCAAGCUGCACCCAGCUGGGUCUGCACAACCUCUUCCCUGGACGGCCCCCAGUCGACCUCGUAAUCAGUGGACCCAACCACGGCCGUAACGCCUCGACAAUCUACAACUUGUCUUCGGGCACGGUAGGCGGAGCAUUGGAGGCGGUUUUCUGUGGGAAGCGCGGAAUCGCCAUCUCGUUCGGCAGCAAGGAUGAGCAGCCUGCUGAUGUUAUUGCCGCGGCGGCGAGACUGGCUGUGAAGGUCGUGGGGUAUCUUUGUCGGCAUUGGGAUGAGCGGGUUGAGCUUUAUAAUAUUAAUGUUCCUAUGCGUCUCGAUGUGGAGGAGAGGCCCGUUCUUUGGACAAGGACGUUGCCUUAUUAUUGGAAUCGGGGGUGUUUGUAUGCGGAGGAUGCUGGGGGCAAGACGGUCAAGGCGGUCACUAAUGGUGAGGUUAAUGGUGUGAAUGGGCAUGGGCUUGAAGGCCGGACUCGGAAACGUCAGUUCAAGUGGUCGGCUGAUUUGUCCGAUAUGAAGAAGACGAUGCAGGAGAGUGAGGAGGGGACGGAUGCUCAUACUGUGUUGAAUGGGUCGACGAGUGUCACCGCUCUCCGUGCGAACUUCUGGCAUGUUCCUGGCUUGGAAGGUCCCUUGAACCUUUGA